CAGGGCCCUUGAAGGACUAGAAUUGUCUUAUUCUGGCAUCUGCACCUGCCACCUCAUCACUGCUCACCGCAUCAACUUCAUUCAUAAAAUCUCACCGGCGUUGUCGUCCUGCAGUGACCCUGUGAAAAUACUCUGCUGCUUGCAAGACUUAAAAGUUUGAGUGUCUCUCAUGCGUCUGCGAUUAAUGUGCAGCGACAUCUUUAACAGCACCGUCAGCUGAAGAAGGAAACAUUAAACAUUUAAACCAGCUGCAACCUGCAGGAGAGCACAACGCUUAAAGUAAAAGAGUUCAACAAUGUCUCUGCUAGUCACGCUGCUUUUGCUGUCGCUGGUUUCUCAGUGUUGGACUGCUCCACAGAGGAGAAACUGGACUUCUCAGGCGAUCCUAUACCUGAAAGGAGCACAGGGACGCCGCUCAUUUUUGGAGCGUGCCAGAAGAGAGGAAGAAAGCACUUUUCACUCAGGGACUCACAAGCAGAACAGCGAUGGCCGAGGCUCUUCUUUGCUUUUAUCCAUUUUACUGGAACUCCUACAGCGAGCUGUAGAAGAAGAUGCAGGCAAUCCAGAUAAUCACCUGGACUAUCAGGAGGUGAAUAGAACCCACUUGUGAACAUUCAUCAGAGCCCAGUUCUAUGUUUUUCUGUUUCUUAUGUUGCUUGUUACAUUUUAUUAUUGUUGAUGUUUGUCUGCGUGUCGCAAAUUUGACUUAACUUAUAAUAAAAUGCGCAAAAUAAAUGAAAA